UAUGUGUGUGUGUGUGUGUGUGUGUGUGUGUAUGUGUGUGUCAGAGUCAGAGAGAGGGAGAGACGGGGCCAGACAUGGACACUAGAUCAGGCUUGAGUUGUAAAGUGCUCCUGAAUUGAAGAAGUGCAGCUUCAAAUUGACCACAAACACGGGAUUAUUAUGCCCAGCGCCAACAUAUCCGUGCGAAGUUUAUCUGAAGUGGAGAAAUACCUCAGCAGCCGGAUGGACCGGAGUACCGAGGGCAAUUCUCCAAACAUCGCUAUGUCGAUGCGCCGGGGUUCUUCAGAGAACAAUCUUGAUCUGGACCUGAGUGAUGGAGGUCCUGGACCAUCUCCGGGCUUCGAAGUCCAGCGUAGCCGUUCUUGCUUGGACAACCUCCAGCAGAAAAUAUUGAAAGUCACAGAGCAGCUGAAGAUUGAGCAAACAGCGCGGGACGAGAAUGUAGCAGAGUACCUGAAGCUGGUGAACAGUGCGGACAAGCAGCAGGUGGGUCGCAUCAAGCAGGUGUUUGAGAAGAAGAACCAGAAGUCAGCUCAAAACAUCGCCCAAAUGCAAAAGAAGUUGGAACAGUACCAUCGUAAGAUGAAAGACAGUGAAAUCCAUCACAGCCCAUCCCCUCACUCAUCCCGUAGCAAACACAGCACCUUACCCAGGGAGUCGCCCAGAGAGCUGCUGAGGGACAUGACUGGCAGUGGCCGACAUCCAACCAUGGACAAGAUCAAGACUAUCGGACCAGGUGUUUCCCUCUCCCCUCCUUUCUUCUUCAGCAAGCCCAGAGAGUUCGCCAACCUCAUCAGGAACAAGUUCGGCAGUGCUGACAACAUUGCUCACCUCAAGACCACUAUGGAUGCUUCCUCUCCUCUGCCCACUGACAGUGUAGGAAAGGGGUUGAGUAGCAGUACCUCUAUGGUGGGCAAGCCUAAGUAUCCCAGUGAUGAUGAGUGCUCCUCAGGGAGUGCUUCCAUUUCAGCAGACAGUAAUGGGAACCCAGUUGGGGGUGGAGUGUCAGCGGGGCAGGUGCAGACUCAGGGCCAGGGGCAAGGUCAGCAGACAGGGGGAGACAGCCAGGGCACACUGGCUUUGAGCCUGGAGGAGAUGAGAGAGAUCAAAGAUGCCCAGAACCAGCUGGAGGAGGAUAUUGAGGAGAUAAAGGCUCAGUUCAAGAGAGAGUACGGCAUCAUCAGCCAAACAUUGCAGGAGGAGAGAUACAGGUAUGAACGUUUGGAAGACCAACUGAAUGACGUGACGGAGCUUCACCAACAUGAGAUGACUAAUUUGAAGCAGGAGCUGGCCAGCAUCGAGGAGAGGGUGGCCUACCAGGCUCAAGAAAGGGCCAGGGACAUACAGGAAGCUCUCGAGUCAUGUCAGACACGAGUGUCCAAGCUGGAACUCCAGCAACAGCAGCAGCAGCAGACGGUCCAGCUCGAGAGCCACGAUGCCCGAGUCCUGCUGGGGAAGAGCAUCAACAUCAUGUUGGCCAUCAUCACCGUCAUCCUGGUGUGUGUCUCCACCGCUGCCAAGUUUGCCGCUCCACUGAUGAGGAGCCGGUACCAUGUGGUGGCUACCUUAUUAGGAGUUUGCUUUUUGACCAUAUUCUGGAAGAACUGGGACCGGUUACAAUAUGCCAUAGACAGGGUGCUGGACCCUGCCUGAGAGGACAGAGGAGCACACACUGAAAACAACAUUAACAUGGACGCUGGCAGUUGUCAGGAUAGGACUGUCUCAGAGAAUUGGUUGUACAAUUGUCUGAGGACAUGAUCGCCAUGCAUUUACAGAGGUCACUGUGUUUUUAGAGUCAGACUGAAAUUAAAUUUUUUGGUGAUUUUUUUUUUCUUUUGUCUUGAAGUUGAAUGUGUGUAGCUAACAAUUUCAUUUAACCUGAGAGAUCAUAUUUACUUAACAGUAUAUUUUGUUACUUUUUCCCCAAUGAUUGCUAUGAAAUCAUCAUAUUAAAUCAAUAGCUAACUGACCCUUCUUAUAAAGAAUUAAGAAGGGUGAAAAGAAGUGUAUUUUCACAUGGGAGUAAACAUGGGAGUCAGUCUUUUCCAUAGUUUUGGGACUAGUUUUUGAGGUAAAAUUUGGCAUUUCUCAUUUUGCUUCAGCCUCACUUUAACAUCUCUCAAACAUGGUAUCUUUUGACCACAGCUAUGAAGUGCUGAUGUUGGCCUCAAAGGAAUAGUUUGACAUUUUGGGAACUAAACCUAUUUAUUUGGUUAAUUGGUAACAGUUAGAUGAAAAUAUCAAUUCUGCUCUUAUGUCUUAAGAGUAAAUAUAAAGCAUACUGCCAGCAGCCAAAUAGCCUAUCUUAUCAUAAAAACAGGAAACAGAUGGCCUGACUCUGUCCAAAGGUAACCUCUGAAGUUCAUUAAUGUGUAGAAAGUAUAAAAUAGCACAUAACCCCUCUUGUAAAACCACAACUUCAAUUUAAAAAAAAGAAGCUUUUUUUUUUUAAAGCUUAGAGCUUUGAACAGAGCCAAGCUAGGGGUUUCCCCCAUUUCCAUUCUGUAGACUAAGCUAAGAUAACAAGCUGCUGACAGAAGCUUAAUCUUUACUGUACAGACAUGAGUUGUGUCAAUUUUCACAUGUACAGUAACUCACAGCAAGAAAGUAAAUAGUGUAUUUCCAAAAAUGUCCAAUCCUUCCUUUUAAUGAAGAAUCUACAGACUAGAGCACAGAGGCAAUGGACAUCCUGUUUUUUCUGUGUUUAGUUUCUUUAUUCCUUGUCUGCUCUGUGUGGUCAGUCAUCUCUUAAAGUUUCUCUGUUUACUAAUCCUGAUGUGUAAAGUGCAAUAUAUAUGAUUUCUAAUAGCACUGUUUAUAAAACGGUUCUUUUAGGAGAGAGCGUUUUGCGUCAGUGUUUUUGGAGGAGUGACAGGGUGUUGGUGUUGGUGCUGGGGGGCGGGUGAGGAAGUGUCAUUAAUGCUGGCAUGAGAGAUCCAUAACCACUGAAGCCACUGCUGGGCUCUGAUAAGACCAGCUGUCUCCCCUCUCAAGGGCCAAAAAUCAAUCCGACUGCAUUAGCGUGCUGGUAGUCUGGUAAUAUCAACACAAGCCACUCUUCAGAGCAGGCACACAUGCGCACACGCAGAGAUAACACAAAAACAGAGUCAGUAACUUGGCUCUCCUUAUGUCUUAUGGGCUUUGCCCGAAUGAUAUUUGUCUUUUACUAAUAAUGUGAUUGGGAGGCGAUGGUUUAUACUGUGAUACAAGGCCUUUUUCUGAGGAAAAAUGCAAUUCCUUUUUUUAGUUUUAUGAAGCAACAAAAAGCCUUCAGUACUCCUAUGAGGAAGGAGCACAUUACAGGCUCUAAAUGAUGAACUAUGAGCCUCUUUUUUUGGACUGACUAAUGUGUGUUUUAUGAUUGUCCUGCGAACAAUGUCUAUGUGGUUCCCACAUGAAGAUAUGCACCACAUUUAAUGUUUGUCUGCCAUAAUAACAUGUUUGUGUUGAUGUUUGUUGUCAUCUCUAUUGUUCUACUGACUGUAUCAUUUGUUUUGUUCCUGUUUGACAUAUUUGAGUAAGUUUUACCUUCAGAACUACAGAUCUGGUUUACAUUCUCUUUUCACCUCUGGUGCAAUAUGUGAUCAAUCAGUUACAUUUUCACGCAUUAUGUGCCUUUGUCUGAUUAUUUCUGUUAAA